CACAACGGAUUGCUCCAAUUCAGUUUCGCACUAAACUUCGGACGGUAUAGAUUCGUGAAAGGAAAACCCGGAGUGCACAACGGUUUGUGGAUUAUUGGUACUUUUUUGCCACUUUUCCUGUGCUGUGUGGUGGUGGCAGCCUGUUUUCUGCAAACAGAAAUCAAUUUGUGCAACGUUGUAUUCAAGUUGUCGAUCCUGAAAUAGUGCAGUUUGAUUGGGAUUACCCGUGGCUUUGAUGAAUAACUGGCGGAAGUGAAGUGCGAAAAGUGGAAUCGAUAAAGUGGACUAGCUUUCGACAGAAGUGAAUUUGAUCAACCCGCCUUUCUUUGAAUUCUAUAAGAGCGUCGUCCUACCGGGCCUAGAAGGGGCCCUCCCGCCGUCAUGUCGUCCGUAAAGGUGGCGGUCCGAGUGCGACCCUUCAACUCCCGUGAGAUUUCCCGGGAGUCAAAAUGUAUCAUCGAAAUGUCCGGCAAUACAACCUGCAUCACGAACCCAAAGGUGCCGCCUGGCACGAGCGAAUCGGUCAAACGAUUCAACUACGACUACUCGUACUGGUCACAUGAUCCACGGGAUGCCGAGUUUUCCACACAAUCGAUGGUGUAUGCCGAUAUCGGUGAAGAGAUGCUGCAGCAUUCAUUCGAUGGGUAUAAUGUCUGUAUAUUUGCAUACGGUCAGACCGGUGCUGGAAAAUCCUACACGAUGAUGGGCAAACAAGAGGAAAAUCAAGAGGGUGUCAUCCCAAUGAUUUGCAAAGACCUUUUCCGUCGAAUACAGGAAACCGAAAGCGUUGAUCUCAAAUACUCUGUUGAAGUGUCCUACAUGGAGAUCUAUUGUGAACGGGUUAGAGAUUUGUUGAAUCCCAAAAACAAAGGCAAUCUCAAGGUGCGUGAACAUCCCCUGCUCGGCCCUUACGUGGAGGAUUUGUCGAAAUUAGCAGUGACAUCCUAUCAGGACAUACACGAUCUAAUCGACGAGGGCAACAAAGCAAGAACUGUUGCCGCAACCAAUAUGAAUGAAACGAGCUCUCGUUCGCAUGCUGUGUUUACAAUAUUCUUUACCCAGAGGCGUGUUGAUAAGAUGACUAGUCUCGAAACGGAAAAAGUCUCCAAAAUCAGCUUGGUCGAUUUGGCCGGUUCCGAGCGGGCGGACUCGACCGGUGCCAAGGGCACGCGCCUUAAAGAGGGCGCUAACAUCAAUAAGAGCUUGACCACUCUAGGCAAGGUCAUUUCCGCACUUGCUGAAGUGGCUUCGAAAAGCAAGAAGUCCAAAAAGGCCGAUUUUAUACCCUACCGUGACUCCGUCUUGACAUGGCUGCUGAGGGAAAAUCUCGGUGGCAACUCGAAAACGGCCAUGAUUGCCGCGAUAUCGCCGGCCGAUAUCAACUAUGACGAAACGCUGAGCACGCUGAGAUAUGCUGACCGCGCCAAACAGAUCGUAUGCAAGGCUGUCGUCAACGAGGACGCCAACGCGAAACUUAUUCGCGAACUCAAGGAGGAGAUCCAGAAGCUUCGCGAGCUGCUCAAGGCCGAGGGUAUCGAAGUGCAGGAAGGACCGGACGUUAAAGUGGUUUGUGAAAAGCGAGACGCUAAUAAGGACGAAUGCGUCAAAGCGGAAAAAGGCGAAAACGAUACCAGCAACGAGUCGGCAGACACCCACGCCGACGGUGAUCCUGGCGAGAUGGAGAAGAAGAUUUGCUCGCCUAAUCGGUUGCGUAAACGGACCGGUUCCAGCACCGAGAUGGCAGUGGAUCAGCUGCAGGCCAGCGAAAAGCUGAUUGCCGAGCUGAACGAAACGUGGGAGGAGAAGCUGAAGCGCACCGAACAGAUCCGUCUGCAGCGAGAAGCCGUGUUUGCCGAGAUGGGUGUCGCCGUCAAGGAGGACGGCAUUACCGUGGGCGUAUUCUCACCCAAAAAGUCACCCCACUUGGUAAAUUUGAAUGAGGACCCAACGCUGUCCGAGUGCUUGCUGUAUUACAUCAAAGACGGUUUAACGCGUCUUGGUACGUCGGAGGCCAACGUUCCGCAGGACAUUCAGCUAUCGGGUUCGCACAUCCUGAAAGAACACUGCGUAUUUGAAAACAAGGAUGGCGUUGUAACGUUGGUGCCCCAUAAGGAUGCCCUGGUGUACUUGAACGGUAGAAAGCUCGUCGAACCGGAAGUGUUGCAAACUGGAUCUCGUGUCAUUCUGGGCAAAAAUCACGUUUUCCGCUUUACUCAUCCGGAGCAGGCCCGAGAAAAGCGAGAAAAACCGAAGGACAAAGAUGUUAACGAAAAUUCGGGCGAGAAGGCGGAAGCGGCCGAUUGGAACUUUGCCCAGUGUGAGUUGCUGGAGAAGCAGGGAAUUGAUUUGAAGGCCGAAAUGCAAAAGCGUUUGUGUGCUCUAGAGGAGCAAUUCAAGCGCGAAAAGUUAGCCGCUGAUCAGGAGUUUGAAGAACAACGCAAGACCUAUGAAGCUCGCAUUGAUGCUCUUCAGAAGCAAGUUGAGGAACAGUCCAUGACUAUGUCUAUGUAUAGCAGCUACAGCCCGGAAGACUUCCACCAGGAAGAGGAUAUUUUCGUGAAUCCAUUAUUCGAAUCCUGCUGGACGGCAAGAGAAGCUGGGUUGGCUGCUUGGGCUUUCCGUAAGUGGCGCUACCAUCAGUUCACUUCGCUCCGAGAUGAUCUCUGGGGCAAUGCCAUAUUCCUGAAGGAAGCAAAUGCAAUCUCUGUGGAAUUGAAGAAAAAGGUUCAAUUCCAAUUCACGUUGCUAACCGACACAUUGUAUUCACCACUUCCACCGGAACUAACACCAUCUCCAAUAAUCGGUGGAGCUCUCACCAACGGUCAAGAGGAUGAGUUUGGUCAAGCACCGAUUUCGCGCACUAUUGUGGCUGUUGAAGUCACUGACACUAAGAACGGGGCAACGCACCACUGGAGCUUGGAGAAGUUACGCUACCGCCUUGAGCUGAUGCGUCAAAUUUACAAUUCCGCCGAAUCAUCGCCGGAGAUGUUACGCUACAACAUGAUGCUAGAUCACACCGGACCAACAAAAAGCGCCGAGUGCAGCAGUGCUAAUAAUGGUCUCUCCCACCAAUCGGCCACGAUUGCCGCUUUUGUGCCAAAUUGCGACGUUCACAAUCUGCUGGGGUCAACUGUGGGUGUCGGCGGCGAUUGCUCCGGGGACUGUUUGACGUCAUUGUUGAAUGCUGUGGAUAACGGCGGAGCUCGCAAUUGUGGCCGCCUAACGCUAGCAAAUCUGAUGCCCUCUAGACAACGCUUGGAGCUAAUGCGUGAAAUGUAUCACAAUGAAGCUGAACUCAGUCCGACAUCGCCGGACUACAACGUAGAAAGUCUAACCGGCGGUGACCCAUUCUAUGAUCGUUUCCCGUGGUUCCGUAUGGUUGGAAGAUCCUUCGUAUAUUUGAGCAACCUGCUCUAUCCAGUUCCGUUGGUUCAUAAGGUAGCGAUCGUAAACGAACGUGGCGAUGUUCGUGGUUAUUUGAGAGUGGCCGUUCAACCGGUUAUGGACGAAGAGAAUGCGGACUUCAACAAUGGUGUGAAACAAUCGGCCCGAAUUGUAUUCGAUGAAGAGCAAAACGGUAGCCACAAGGUGCCCAAGAUUCGCACCAUCCACGACAAGGAUGAGAAGUACAUCGAGGGGUCGCACGACAUCAUGAAACUCGAGGAAUUGGAACAGGAAGAUGCUGACUCGGGUCGGGGUGAUUCGAGUGUUGCUUCCGAGCUACAUGAGUCGAACGAACAAGAACCCGGUGAGCACUUGCAGCCGGGUAAGGAGUUUACCUUCCGGGUUACGGUUUUGCAGGCAACUGGAAUUGCGGCAGAAUAUGCGGACAUUUUCUGUCAGUUCAACUUUUUGCAUCGUCACGAGGAAGCAUUCUCAACGGAACCCGUCAAGAAUUCAGGAUCUGGAGCACCCCUUGGAUUUUAUCAUGUACAGAAUAUCACUGUUCCUGUUACAAAAUCGUUCGUUGAAUAUUUGAAGACACAGCCGAUAGUAUUCAAGGUAUUCGGUCACUAUCAGAAUCACCCGCUGCACAAAGACGCCAAACAAGAUUGUCAGAUUACGCGUCCACCACCACGUCGCAUGCUGCCACCGAGCAUUCCAAUCAGUCAACCUGUGCGGAGUCCAAAGUUCGGUCCCUUGCCGUGUCCUCCCUCGUCAACAGUAUUAGCCAAGCACGACGUGUUGGUUUGGUUCGAAAUAUGCGAACUUGCUCCGAAUGGUGAGUACGUUCCGGCAGUUGUGGAUCACAGUGACGAUCUGCCAUGUCGGGGCCUGUACCUCCUGCAUCAGGGUAUUCAGCGCAGGAUAAGGAUAACCAUCGUACAUGAACCCACGGCAGAGGUCAAAUGGAAGGACAUUCGAGAGCUGGUCGUGGGACGUAUUCGCAACCAACCGGAACCGGCAGAUGAGCUGGACGAUUCCGAUUCGUGUGUCCUCUCGUUGGGGUUGUUCCCCGGAGAGGUGCUCGAAGUUCCUGGCGAUGAUCGGUCGUUCUUCCGUUUCGAGGCUGCCUGGGAUUCCAGCUUACACAACUCGGCAUUGCUCAAUCGUGUCACACAAACAGGCGAACAGAUCUUCAUCACGCUUAGUGCAUAUCUGGAGCUCGAAAACUGUGCCCGUCCGGCUAUAAUCACCAAGGACCUAAGCAUGAUUAUCUACGGUCGCGAUGCACGCACUGGACCACGUUCGCUCAAGCACCUCUUCUCGGGCCAAUAUCGUAAUCCGGAGGCGAACCGACUGUCGGGUGUAUAUGAACUGUCACUGCGGAGAGCUUCCGAAGCAGGUAGUCCAGGCGUACAGCGUCGUCAGCGUCGCGUGCUGGACACAAGCUCCACAUACGUUCGGGGUGAAGAAAACCUGCACGGAUGGCGUCCGCGCGGAGACUCGCUUAUCUUCGAUCACCAGUGGGAGCUCGAGAAGCUAACUCGACUCGAAGAAGUUGGUCGUGUUCGACAUUUGCUGAUGCUUCGCGAACGUCUCGGAAUGGAUACCACACCGAAUCCGACUACCAAAACCGAGAAAGACGUGUGCAACUUGGCUCAACGGGCGAGUGCUUCGCCGGUUCACAUGGUAAUUCCGCCUUCUCCGCAGACACCGGUCAAAGAUCAGCAAACACCGACCCUGCCCGAACGAGAACUUACUCCCCGCGAAACAGAACUGGUGUGGAAAUGUGUCAAACUAAUCCAGGGACGCAUCGGGGCUAAGGGCGAUCCGAGUGAAACCAACAACCAGCUUGCGGUAGACGCUUCGCCAGGUGACGAAGGUUGUGCCGAUAUGAACGCCAGCUACAUAUCGGGUAAUUCCAUCGAGUUAUGCUCCCCUGAUCGGAUGGACAUACCCAACGGAUGGGAAGCCCCUGCCCCGGUGCCGCAGUCACAGGAAGUUCCACUAAGAUUGUAUGUACCGGAACUGGAAGAGAUCCGUGUGAGUCCGGUAGUGGCGCGAAAGGGCUACCUGAACGUACUCGAACAUGGCGGAUCGGGCUGGAAGAAACGAUGGGUCACAGUGCGCCGUCCGUACGUGUUUAUCUUCCGCUCGGAUAAAGAUCCGGUUGAACGGGCGGUACUGAAUUUAGCAACUGCACAGGUCGAGUGCAGCGAGGACCAAGCGGCAAUGGUGAAGGUGCCCAAUACAUUUAGCGUCGUCACAAAGCACCGAGGAUAUUUGUUACAAACGCUUGGCGAUAAAGAGGUGCAUGAUUGGUUGUAUGCCAUCAAUCCGCUGUUAGCUGGUCAGAUUAGAUCCCGUUUGGCACGACGAAACGUUACCAACAGUAGUGCUAGCAGUACAACCGACUCUUCAUCAUCGACCAUGUCCCAGCAACUUCAGGCGAACAGCGGUGGUUCGGCUAAAUGAGAUACGAUAACGAUGGAGUCCGUGUUGGUCUACUAGGUCUCAAAGCGUGUAGGAACAGGUCGCAUCUCUCUAUCAACAACGGUGUCCGAUUACCAGCGGCAGGGCACCGCCGAGAUCUAUGGUGGCGAAGACGACUUUUGCGAGGGGGAUACAAUCUGAUCGGGAAAGACGCCGUCGCCCGCCAGCGGAUCAACGGUACCAGCGUCGGACAAACUGCAGGCAGCUUGAAGGUGCUUUUUUACGAUUACGUUCACGAGCUGACUUGGUUCUGCACGAAACUCAAUGAGUUCUUGUUUAUGUUUGUUUUCCAUUUGCUAUACGAACGUUGAAGCUGCUUCAAGGAAGCGGUCCAGUUUAGUGAAAAAUACUACUGUGCUGGUAAGUGCUAUCUAACGUAUAAGGGAUAAUGCGAUUGACGUAACGCAAACACGGGACUCCAUCGGAGUGUUUAGUAAACUAAGAUCGAGACAAAGAAUAAUAGUCAAAGUCAAACUUUACUAUGUUACUGUAAUUGUAAAUUGGAACAGCUUAGCAUUAUUUUUGAAAAUGUUUGUAUACAGCAAACAUUGACUGCUAAUACUAAAGUAUUUUUUGAUCUUUAGAGAAAAUAUAUAUAUUUUUAUACAAUUUUAUUUUAAACAAAUUUUGUAGAUAGUUGUUCGGAUUUUUUGGUUUUUGAAAACAUUGGAAGUGGGAACAUACAUUUUGAGCUGGUUCUUCAGUGACAUUAGUCUAUGUGCUGAACACAUUCAGGGAAAAUGAAACCAUUUCGAGCAAGAUUAUUCCACGAUCAAAGAAAGUUGAAUAGAAUUUCCGUGACAACCUAAGCCAACUCCAAAUUCUUAACGGUAACAACACUGAAAGUUCAAAACGGGUGAAAUUCAUCAAUAGUUUUUACACAACCAGGUUCCCAGGUGCUCAAUACCCUCCGAAGUGAUCAAGGUAAAUCGAAUCUUUCAUAUAACACUCAUGCAAUGGAGCGAAAAAUGCAAUCGACAGACUUCUUGAUGAGUUGAUUUCGUUUAUUUUUCUUUAGGAUUUUCGUUCUCUGUUCGUUGCUUUCUAUCUACAUAGCUAUGUUAAUUUACGUGACAAAAAUAUUGGAGGAAAUAAUACAAUAAAAUUGAUAUUAAUUAUAGAAGUUUAACAAUUAGAUCAAGUGAAUAAAUCAAAAAGACAGAAAAAUAUUGAACGUAUAAACAACAAAUGGAAGAUAACUUCAAAUAGUCAUAUGUGUAUAACUUUUCUCCGAAUAAAAAGCAGAUCAAGCAACACAAAAGAAACUUAAACAAAAGUGCUAAUUACCAUGAAUUUUAAGGACUAAAUCAAUACUCAACCGAGACAUAGUUCAAGAAAGGACACUCAUUCACAUACACCUACGGAUCAACCACAAACACUUACACAGUUAUACAACCAAAGAAAAAACUAGCAAACACCCAGUAUUUAACAACUAUUUCUCUCCCCUGAUAUCUAAUAAACUCUUGGGCAAAUACUAUAGAAAACAGGAUAUCUUAAGUGCAUUUGUUCAUAUUUUGAGUUCUUAAAAUGGCCUGAAGCCAGCGAAAUAAGAAUCUAAGUUGUGUCUAGAUGACCUAAAUAUUCUUUGUAAAGACAUCUACUAUCUAACAUGAGUUCGUUCGUUUGGUUUUCACAUGUACUCAAAGCGGGAGAGAAACCGAGAAAUAGCUUAUAGGGCAAUGCUACGAAAUGAUGACUGUUGCUACAGCAGUGUAGAGCAUUUUAUUUAGACGGAAAGCGUCGCUGGAAAAUAUGUUCAUCAAUAGUGCAAACAAACGCUUCUUUCAAGUUGAAACAAACCUUCGUGGUAAAAUAGCCUAUUUUACCACCUAUCUAGUAGGAACAAAAAGCAAGCAAAUUUAAUGCCGCGCACCCACAUUAUCUGACACGCUUAAAUUGGUACGUACGUUACUGGCUAGGUAUUUAGAAGUGUAGGACGAUGAUAAAAAUAGGAAAAAUGCUGCGCGUAUUGCUUGAGUUAGGAUCGGCCGCUAAACGACCUGGUAAGGUUUGGAGGAUCUGCAGCUGUGAGCUGGAAGUAAAUCUCCUGUGUAUAGAAUCUGUAAAUACUACUGCUUUUUAGUAUAGUCGCCCGUAUAUAGGAUUUCUGUUAGGAAGUUCGAAAAUGUUUCAAAUUGUUGACUUACGUGAUGUGCUGAGAAAAAAAGGUCGGUCGAUUUCUUUCGAUGCUUUCGUUUAGUGCUUUAAAAAGUGCUUUCUGUAAAUGUCAAAAGGGGAACGUCCGGUUUUGCUUUGAUGGUCGAUAUUGUGCUUUCAAAUGAGCGUUCGCAUUGCUGCCGAUGAUAACAUUGACAUAACAUUGAUUCGUUGACAUUGAUCCGUUAAUUUACCAAAAUAAACGAGGUGCUUCGAGGGUAUAAAAGUUGAAUGAUGGAUUUUAGAUUUUUAUUUUUUUUUCUUAUCCAUUUAAAAAAAAUACGUUUUCCACUUUCCAAUAAGGAUCGAAUCUCAUAUAUCUGAAUAUUGCCAUUUCACUGAAGUUUGGUGGAUAGAACGACGGGAUUCAUUUGAGCUGCCUUAUUUAAGCAGGGCUUGAAAUUUGACUAUUUUCGUGCCAUUCAAUAUUAUCCACCACUUACAAAUGCCAAUCACUUUCUCUUUCAGUUAUAUUCUAGAUAUGGCAACUGGCAUUAUGCAAUGGCCAUGCUUAAAGUCAGCCGUUAUAUCUUAUGCUUUAUAAAUAUUUUCUAAAGAAUUUAUAUUUGAACACAUUUGCCGACUUGCAUAUAACUUUGUUUUAUUUAAGGAAGGGCCGAGGAAAGAUUCCGAAGUCCAGUCGUGCAAAUUUUCUCUAACAUCUCUGAGCUUAAUGAUUUGUCACUUUGCUCAAUUUUAGCAAAGAUAAAAUAAAAAAUCACCAAUUUCAGUAAUGAUAAAAAUAAUAUUUAAUGACUUCAAAAAAUGUCUAUAAAGUUGUCUAAUAAAAGGAUUGUAGAGACAUAAAAGGACCAAAUCUAAACUUCCUAAUGUUUUUAUUGGCAUUAUUAAACUAAAUUUCAAUGACUUGUACAUGCCACCCUGUUUCUAAAAAAAUACCUGCCGGUGAGUACCCCUCGGAAAACACCGUACAACAGUGGCACGAAAGCGCACACAAAAGUUUAUCGUUCGAGUGCUUUUCGUACCAUCCGUCUCCAUCGUGAUCUGUUUUUAUGACGAAUGCGCUUAGCUUUUGAGCAAUUUCUACUUUAUCGACAAUCGAAGCAAAAUCAAGCAACGUGAAGUGAUUUUUGUUCGUUAUGCUUAUUUCUCAUAACGAAGUUAUUGGACAUUUUCUUUGAUUGAUGGCAAACCGGAUAUAUAGUUGAUAGAAAUGGGACAAGUGGCAAAUAUACCAAAGAUUUUAGUGCUAAAUAUGAGUGGAACUACCACGGAGAUCAAACAUUAAAAAAAUAUGAAAAUCAUACUCAAUUAUUUUUAUUUUAUUCCAUUAUAUUUAUUUUUAUGUUAAGGAAAGGCGCGUUUGUUGGAAGUCUUGCAUGAAGUGAUGGUGUAAUGUCACUUUCCAUAUGCUAAGAUUUGGUAAAAGUCAUGCAUUGUACUGAAAUAGAUGAACAUAAAUACGGUCUCCUCAGUCUUCGAUAUGCACGGGCGAGUGAGGGCCUAUGUUCAAAAUUUCUUAUACUGUAAGGACUGCAGAAAAGCUACUGUGAAGCUAGAAACUCGUUUAAAUUAUUACAUUCCAACUUUCUUGAGUUUUUUGUGCAAUAUAUGCUGGAGCAUUAUUCUAUCCACAGAUGCACUAAAGACAUACAUGAAUCAUUCUCUUAUUGUAAAGAAAUAGUGAAUCUACCAUCGAAUCUAAUAUCGUUCUACAACCUUCAUUCAGUUUGCUAACGAAAGAAAAAACGCAUUACAUUAAAUUCGACUCAGCUAAUUUCAUAGAAAUCUUCCUGCAAUCAUGCAAACAAGAACAGACAAACCACAGUGCUAUAAGCAAACAUUAUCGUCAAGAAUCCCCAAUACAGAAAAGCAAACAAAAGUGUAAAAGUAUUUAUUGACUGGAAAACAAAUGCAUAUUUAAAUUUUCUCCGAAACAAGCAAAGAAGAAUUAAAACCAAAUUAAAAGUAUUUAAAGCAGACAUCAAUACAGAAAAAAAUCUAUAUUUGCAAAAGAAAACAAAUAUGAUGCAUUAUAUUAUCCUUACAACUUUGGAUUGUGCUGCUAACAGCGAACGAUUACGACGGCAUAAUGCGCAAUGAUGUGACAUCAUUAACAGCUAGCAAACAUGACAAAGCAUAAUAACGGGGCUGAUUGGGUUAAACAAAUGCCCAAGCGGACGGUAUAGUUUUAGGCAAAUUUGAAAGACGAACAGCAUUACAUUAAACAAGCAAACGGAAAAGAGCAGCAAACCUAUUAUACCAUUAUUUAUUGAACUUAAAAAAGGUAACUAAAAUUAAACAAGAAAAACCAAGAGAAGAAAAAAAAACUAACGGAUAGUAUAUAUACAAGGUGAAUAAAACUGAAGAUAAGGCAGAACAGACAAAAAUCAUACUAUCAAAACUACACAUUCUAUUAUGAAAACUGCUUUGGACAAAAGUGAAAUAAAAAGUAAUAAAAUGAAAAAAAAA